GAGGGUUAAAGCGAGCGAGAGGAGUUCCUAGACGGGAAGAAUCCUAUUCUUCCGCUUCCGGCCUGUCUUGGUCUCGCUCUCUCUCCCCCCCCCCCCCCCCUGCUUCUUCCUUCAGUCCUCACAACAACAACAACACACCUGUGAGAAUCCAUCAAUUCUCCCAAACCUUCAGAUAACACCUGGCAGAAGAAGGAGGAAUUCUUUCACUUUGCAAGCAGCCUGGAAGAACAGAAUAAAGAUGGAAGGGCGAGAAUCGGCUGGUCUCCGGUUAGGAAAUUACUCUUCCUCUUUUUGGGCAAAGAACAAUGAAGCAUUUCCAGAGAAACUUAGCAAGAAAGACUCGGGAAGCCAUCUGCUCCGUUCAGAUAUUCCGCACCGAUUUUUCCGGGAGCUCCGCUAUCAGGAGGCUCAGGGUCCCCGAGAGGUUUGCAGCCGCCUCCACUCUCUCUGCCGCCUAUGGCUAAAGCCUGAGGAACAUACAAAGGCGGAGAUGCUGGACCUGGUGCUCCUGGAGCAGUUCCUGGCCGUCCUUCCUGCGGAGAUGGAGCACUGGGUGAGGGAAUGUGGGGCAGAGACCAGUUCCCAGGCCGUGGCUUUGGCUGAAGGAUUCCUCCUGAGUCGGGCAGAAGAGGAGAGGAAGUGGAAGAACCAUCAGAUGCCAGCCUCUUUUGCAGAUGAGACCACCACGGUGGAGAAGUCUUCUUUGGACACCUGUUGCACUAUCCAGGUUGGAGACAGAGAAUUUAUCACAGUUGGUAAGGGAUUGGGGGUGGUGGUUCUGGGAUACUGUGAGUUUUUCGGGAUCCCUGUUGGCCCCACAAAUUAUUUUACAUUUUGUUUUAUUCUAAGGUCCAUGGUACCCCUGGACCUGAACUGACCUCGAAUCAGGGUUCUGGAAUACAGUCUUACUCUCUACGGGACACUUGUAGUUAUUAUUGUAAAAAGAGUGGGGAGCCUGGGAGCUUAAGAAUGGUGUUGAUAGGAGACAUUUCCCUACAACAUUUAUCUGUGCCACUUUCAAGGAUAAUUGAUUCCUCUGCUUCUCUUUGGGUGUUUAUGGUGAUGGGUACUCUUUCAGCACAAAUAUAGAAAGAUUUGAUUAAGAAAUAUAGUCAACCCUCUACUUCUCUUCGAUUAGGUCACAGAAUUCCAUAAAAGUGCAAAAACUGCAAGUAACAAACUCGUUUUUUUCUACAUUUCUCCAGAGUUCCUUAGAUUUGUGCUCGAGGACUUAUAUACCUGGUUUAUGUAAUGUAAUUAUUGUUGUCAUGUUGAUGUAUUUUAUUUUAUGUAUUAUGUAUUUUAUAUAUAGCAUCUUUAUGUGCUAUUUUGUAAGCCAC